AUGGCUGACCCCGCACCUCGGGUGAUCCCUGCAACUUCCAGCGGCGUCCCGGAGGGCUUAUUUCGUGCCGAGCCCCUGUACCCUUCGAUGGAGGCUCCUUAUCUCACCUCCAGUGUGAUCAACAAUUUUAUGGCGAGUAGCCUCAGCUGCAGCUCCGGAGGUGGUGAGGUCGCUGGUGGCUGCAGCGGCGGCGGCAGCGCAAACGGCGAGUGUCGGAUGGUGGAUAUGCGUGGUAUGAAAGUAGCAUCAUUCCUGAUGGAUGGCGAGGAACUAAUUUGCCUGCCGCAGGUGUUUGAGCUCUUCCUCAAGCACCUGGUGGGCGGAUUACACACGGUGUACACCAAGCUGAAGCGACUAGACAUAACCCCAGUGGUGUGUACUGUCGAGCAGGUACGAAUCCUUCGCAGUCUGGGGGCUAUCCAGCCUGGAGUGAAUCGCUGUAAGCUCAUCACCCGGAGAGACUUUGAAACUUUGUUCAACGACUGUGCCAAUACCAGCUUGAAGUCUGGCAGGCUUCCCAAACAUUCUCUUGGAAUGUCACAGGACAAUGCAUAUCUUCUGCCUCAUUCAGUCCCAAAUCUCUUGUCACCGGACCUUACCACUCAAACAGGUGGAAGCGAAUCCUCCUGGGAUAAAAAUAUGAUUCAGCCCACUCUUGAUGUCCAUGGAAUUCAACAUGAAAUUUCUCAUGCAUCAAUGAUUGGCCAAACAGAUAUUGGUGAUGCUCCUAUCCCCAACCAACUCUCACAGAAUACUCUACUGAACAAUAGACUGGAACUGCCAUUUUUAAUGAUGCCUCAUCCCCUACUUCCAGUCAGCUUACCUCCUGCAUCAGUUGCCAUGGCAAUGAAUCAGAUGAACCAUCUCAAUACUAUUGCCAACAUGGCUGCUGCAGGCCAGACUCACAGUCCACACUCCAGAGCAGAGGCCUCUGCUGUAAAGGAGCAGAUGGCUGAGAGUCCUUCUCUUGAUCAUUCUUUGGAAGAAGUUCAGUACCCUGUGAGUCAGACAUACUCACAAUCCAGCAGCAGUGAGUCCAGCUCUCCCUCUCAAGUAGAUCACCAUUCAGAGAGAAUGGAGGAAGUGCCUGUUAAUGUUCCAAUGAUGAGGUCACAUUUGGAGAACAUCCAGUUGACUUCUGGGCAGGCCUUGCCUCAAGGGUUCCCUGGACCAUUCAUAUAUGCUGAUAAUUUUUCCUCUGUGGAGACACUGUUGAUGAAUGUUCAGGGUCUAUUGAAAGUGGCUUUGGAUAACACUCGUAUCCAGGAGAAGCAGUUUCAGCAAGAAAAGAAGGAACUACGAAUGGAGCUCUUCAGAGAAAGAGAAAUUAGAGAAAAUCUUGAGAGACAGCUUACAGUUGAGCUUCAAAACAAAAAUACUAUGCAAAAGCGCCUGAAGAAAGAGAAAAGAGCCAAGAGAAAACUGCUAGAAGCUUUGGAAUUUGAAUCAAAACGCAGGGAGCAAGUUGAACAAGUACUUAAGCAAAACACAACUGCUGACAGCAGCCUGAGCAUUUUGGAUGAUACCGGGAUUCAAAAUGUUGAUGUAGAAAGCACUGGGAUUCCUCAUGAUACUACUGCCAUGGAAGGUCACAUCCCGCAAUGCUUUCGGCUUGCUCCUGGCUGUGCGCUCAGCAGUCCAUAUGGAUUGCCAGGGAUCAAACCCGGGAAGUAACUAUUACUCUUUGGCAAUCGCAUAGCAGUUGUUUUCUGCCUGAAUGUCCUCACUGACCUGCAUAAGUGAAAAUACUUGUAAUUCCAGUUCAUCUCUGAAACUAUUCAACAUGAAGCUAUCAAUUGUGUGUAUUUGCAGAGCUUUGUUUACUGAAGCAGUCCUUCAAUCUGCCGUUUUUUAGAGAAAAGUGUGUACAUUUUAUAAGCAGCUAUGUAAAAUCCCACCUUCUGCAUUAGAUUAACGAAUUUAAGAAAAAU